CUCUCAUCUCCUCCUCUCCAUUGUAUUCUCCUCAUCCACUUAUUAUUAUUAUUAUUAUUGAUUCUGCAUUGAUAAUAAUAAUAGUAAUAAUAAUCCUUUGCUUUAUUAAUUUUGUUUCUCUUCAUCUUCUUCAUCUUCUUCAUCAUCAUCAUCUUCUUCUUAGUUUGGCCAUGGCUUUGCUCAAUGAUCUCCUCAACCUCAACUUAUCCGAUUACACGGAUAAGAUCAUUGCUGAGUACAUAUGGGUGGGAGGAUCUGGAAUGGACAUAAGGAGCAAAGCAAGAACGCUCUCCGGACCCGUCACGGAUCCGAGCGAGCUCCCGAAGUGGAACUACGACGGCUCGAGCACCGGCCAGGCGCCGGGCAAGGACAGCGAAGUGAUCCUUUACCCUCAAGCCAUUUUCAAGGACCCAUUCAGGAGGGGAAAUAAUAUUCUUGUAAUGUGUGAUUGCUACACCCCACAAGGAGAUCCAAUCCCUACCAACAAAAGAAACAAUGCAGCAAAAAUAUUUAGCCACCCCAAUGUCACGGCCGAAGAACCUUGGUAUGGGCUUGAGCAAGAGUACACCCUGCUUCAGAAAGAUGUGAAGUGGCCUCUUGGCUGGCCUGUUGGAGGCUUCCCUGGCCCUCAAGGCCCGUAUUACUGCGCGGCAGGCGCCGACAAAGCUUUCGGGCGCGACAUCGUCGACGCGCACUACAAGGCCUGCCUUUAUGCAGGAAUCAACAUCAGUGGCAUCAAUGGAGAAGUCAUGCCAGGCCAAUGGGAGUUCCAAGUCGGUCCGUCUGUCGGAAUUGCUGCCAGUGAUCAGCUCUGGGUCGCGCGGUACAUCCUCGAGAGGAUCACUGAGAUUGCUGGUGUUGUUCUCUCCUUCGAUCCGAAGCCGAUUCAGGGAGAUUGGAAUGGUGCAGGUGCUCACACUAACUACAGCACUAAAUCCAUGAGGAGUGAUGGAGGGUAUGAGGUGAUUAAGGCCGCGAUCGAGAAGCUCGGGAAGAGGCACAAGGAGCACAUCGCCGCCUACGGAGAAGGCAACGAGCGCCGCCUCACCGGCCGCCACGAGACCGCCGACAUAAACACCUUCAAAUGGGGAGUCGCGAAUCGCGGAGCAUCCAUUCGCGUCGGUCGCGACACCGAGAAGAGUGGCAAAGGUUACUUUGAGGACCGAAGGCCGGCUUCGAACAUGGAUCCCUACGUGGUGACUUCGAUGAUCGCCGAGACUACGAUCCUCUGGAAACCAACCUAAGUUCGACGAUUUACGAUCAUUCAUGGGUCUUUCGCAGUUGUGUUUUCUUGUUUGAAAAGAGUGGUGGCAGGUGGAUUAGUUGGUGUUACUUUUCCCUGUCAUUUAUCCUUUCUCUGUUCCGAAUAACAGCGAAAAAAAAUAAGUGAUUUUGAUGUUAUUAUCAGUACUUCUGUAUCAAUGCAUCAGUAUCUUUGUUUCAGAUCAUUUCGCUGUUUUUCUCAGUUGAUUUGGGAUGUAAUUGGUUGAAAUUUAUGUUCUCUGAGAGAUAAUUGGAUCUUAUUUUGAUAUAA